AUGGCCACGGGAAUCCGCGCGAUGGCAACGGCAAUGCGCGGAUUGGAAGCGGCGAUGCGAGCGAUGGCGAUCAAUCUUCUUUCUCGCCCGGCAGCGGUCUACCCACACACCCCAAGGCAGCCAGGUAUCAAGUUCAUCAGGACGAGCCUCUAUUGCCUGGCUGUGGUUGCGCUGCUCAUAGCCAUGCUUUCGAUCACACUCCAGGAGAGGAAAGAAGAAGAGAAGCCGUUUAGAGUGCUCGUAAUUGGGGCGAGCGGUUUCUUGGGCUACAGAUUGUCCCUCGGCUUGUUGGCCAACACUCGGCCAAAGAUAGAGGUGGUAGGAAUCGAUGCCGAGCGCAACGAGCGAGCACAGCUGCUGGAGAGGGCUGGAAUGCACAUCCUGUAUGGGAAUGUGACUAAGUGGGCUCUCGCCACCAGCGGUGUGAAGCUCGCACGGCCCCAUGCUAUCGUGGACUUCACUCAGCAGGAGCAUCCUUGGUGCCUUCCACUCAACCAGCUUACUCUCGGGACCAUUCUUGACGCCGCAACUGCGGACAGGUCUGUGAGGUCAGCGUUCUUCGCCAGUCCGAACCGGUUCUACAUCCCUUCUUCUCGAUCCGGUGAGCUACUUGCUGCAGCCAAGUCUGUCCUGUUACCGUUUUCUGUGGUGGAGUGGCGAUUUAGUACAGUCUACGGAGAGUUUGGACGAACCGAUUACCCGUACUACAAAUUCGUGGAGGAUAUCACCAGUGGCCAAGACGUCCAGCUGUGGCAGCAACGCAAAGGAAGGCAGAACUACAUUUACAUCGACGAUGCAGUGGCGGUUAUGAUCAAGAUGAUUCUCGACUUCACACAUGUCGUUGGUGCUGUUACCGUCGUGGACAUCGGCACUCCAACGCCAGCUUUAUCGUUCAAGGACGUAGUUCGAGUGGUGACGAAAAUCUCGGGGAAGAAAGCAAAACUCGUCGAGGUUGAGGAUGCAAAUCCGCCGCCGUGGGAGGUAGAGUAUGUACCUCCUUCACACCUCUACGCACUUGGAAAGUUCACUUCUUUCCAGUCUGGAAUGGCGCGUUUCAUCGACUGGUACGAGCAGAAGAAGAGUAUGAUCGCUAGGAACGAAGUCAAUGACCAUACGUAGCUGAUGACUAAACAAGUAAGUUUUGUUCUUGAGCAGCUCCUGCCAUCGCAGGAAUAGAAUCGGGCCUGAAGGCUUACUUGCCCCUUUGACAAGCUCUUCGUCGUCUGUGUAGUUCGUGAGCAUGAUGUCUGUGAAGUUUUCCAGUUGGCUUGCAAACUCGUGGCUUUGUGCUCAUCAACUAUUGCUUGGAAGAUAUUGUCCUUCUUUGCGGCCAGCCUUGACUGUCCAGUC